AUGCGAUCGUCUUUGCGAGUGUUGAAGACAGUACAGAAGCUCGAGGUGGUGCCGAAGGUACCGGCCAACUCGACGGUGUUCUCUCUUCUUCAGCCCACGGGUAAUAUCCAUUUGGGAAACUACCUUGGCGCCAUCAAGGCGUGGAAGAACAUCUCCGAAUCUGAGCUGCCCAACAGUCGUUACAUCUAUGGCAUUGCCGAUUUACACGCCCUUACUAUGCCUCAGGAUCCGAAUAAGCUUCGCCAGUGCCGUACCGAAGCUGUUGCCAGUCUCAUCGCCGCUGGCCUUGAUCCCCAAAAGUGCACCAUUUUCCACCAACUGCUGGUACCUGCCCAUACUGAGCUCACCUGGAUCUUGACCUGUAUCACUGGGAUGGGUUUCCUUAACCGUAUGACCCAGUGGAAGCUGAAGGGACAACAUGCGGAACUGUCGCUGAUUUUCGAUGAUAAGAUAUUGGAGCGUACCAAAGCCGGGCUAUUCACCUACCCAGUACUUAUGGCGGCAGAUAUCCUCAUUUAUAACGCCACUCAUGUCCCUGUGGGUGAUGAUCAACUGCAACACUUGGAGCUUGCGAGAUACUUGGCAUCAUCGUUCAACCAUCAAUACAACACUGACCAUUUCGUCAUUCCCACCACAUUAUUGUCCAGACUGCAGAAAAUCUUGAGUUUGAGAAACCCUCAAAAGAAGAUGUCGAAGCUGGACCCUGACCAAAUGGGUUGUAUCUAUGUUACUGAUGACGCUGAUGCAAUUAGCAAAAAGGUUCGCAAGGCGCAGACUGAUUCCAUUCAAGGAACCAUAUAUUAUGAUCCUGUUCAACGACCCGGAGUCUCCAAUUUAAUACUGAUCAUUGCUGGUGUUACGAAUCGAACCAUUGAAGAAGUUGAAGCCGAAAUUAAGCACAUGACAUCUCACAAACAACUCAAGGACUACACCGCGGAAGUUCUUAUUGAAGAGUUCCGUCCUAAGCGGGCAAUGUACGAUAAACUCGUUAACGACCCUGCUUAUUUGCAAUCAGUGUUGGAUGAAGGCACUGCGAAGGCCAAAGCAAUCGCCGAUGCCAAUAUUACUAAAAUCCGCACGCUUGUUGGGCUCAACUAA